AUGGCGGAAGCUCUUGCUCUUUUUGGGGGGCUUAAGCUGGCCCUUGGCACCAGUAUCAAAAGACUGAUCAUUGAAGGGGAAUCUAAAUUGAUUAUUGAGGCCACUAAAUGUGCUUCAGGGAUCUACUGGAGAAUCAAAAAUGUCAUCAAGGACAUCUGGUCCAUGAUUGUCGAGCUGGAAGAAUUUCAAAUUCAGCAUAUCUACAGAGAGGGGAAUGGGGUGGCGAACUCUCUAGCUACGACGAGACUGGAUAUAAAAGGAAUGAGGUGCUGGAGGCACCUAUAUUCUCUCACUGACAAGCAAAAGGACCUUAUUGGGAACGAACAAAUCGCCUCUAUCAAGCAAUGA